CAGCAGUCCAAUGUCAAAGUUUGAUUUUUAAUUUUGCUAGCCAAUAUCUGCAGCUUCCUUGCCAAGCAAAUCAUGAUAAGUCAGCAGUAUUUAAGUUACAAAACCAUCAUCUUGACUGGUGUCUACCAUUGAAUAUUUUUCAUCUCUCUCUCUCUCUAAGGUUGGAGCAAAAUUGAGGGGCGACCAUGGAUUUGGGAGAGGUUAAUCACCAAAGAAUAAAAACAAAUGGUAUAUGGUUGCAUGUAGUAGAGAAAGGGUCAGGACCCCUAGUGCUUCUGCUUCAUGGGUUCCCAGAAUUCUGGUAUUCAUGGCGUCACCAGAUCACUUUCUUGGCCAACCAUGGAUACCAUGCAGUUGCUCCUGAUCUGAGAGGCUAUGGUGACUCUGACUCACCUCUCAGCCCCAACUCCUACUCUGUCUUGCAUCUUGCUGGUGAUCUAGUAGGCCUUCUUGACUAUUUUGGUGAACAACAGGCUUUUGUGGUUGGACAUGACUGGGGAGCUGUUAUUGGUUGGCAUCUAAGCCUAUUCAGGCCUGACAGACUCAAGGGACUAGUAGCCAUUUCUGUCCCAUACUUUCCAAGAGAUCCUGUUGCUAAACCUAUCGAAUUUUUUAGAGGAAAUUUUGGAGAUGAGUUUUACAUUUCUCAAUUCCAGGAACCAGGAAGAGCAGAAAGGGCUUUUGCAAGAUAUGAUUACUUGACAGUAAUGAAGAAGUUUUUGAUGAUAAAUAAGACUGAUCCGUUGAUGGCUCCUUCGGGCAUGGAGAUCAUUGAUUACUUGCAAACACCUGCAGUGUUGCCACCAUGGAUUACUGAGGAGGAACUGCAGGUCUAUGCAGACAAGUUCGAAGAAUCUGGCUUCACUGGUCCUCUCAACUACUACCGUGCUAUGGACCUGAACUGGGAGCUUUCUGCACCUUGGCAAGGAGCAAAGGUUACUGUUCCUACAAAGUACAUCGUUGGUGACAAAGAGAUAGGUUUUGACACUUAUGGUACAAGGGAAUAUGUGCAAGGAGACACUUUCAAAGGCUUGGUGCCUGACCUUGAAGUUGUUAUUUUAGAGGGCGGCCACCAUUUUAUCCACGAAGAGAGAGCCCAUGAAGUCUCUCAAGAAAUUCUUACCUUCCUUCAAAAGCUUUCUGUGGAUUAGUAAUUUGAUGUCAUGCCCAAAAUGGUGUAUUGGAAUAAAAUGAACAAUAGAUUGCAAUAAACUCAGAUGUGGAAGCAGUUACCGUAGUUUUUUGUUUGACAAUAAAUCUGGUUUCUGGCU